AUGUUUCAACCGGUGACAGCCCCUUUCCUAGCGACCCAACUUCCUUCUAUUCGAUUUUCCAGGCACUCUUCGAAUAAGAAGUCAUUGAACUCAGUCGAAAUUGAUGCUAAGAAGCUGGCUGAUGUUUAUAAAUCAGUUUUUGCUGAUGCCAACAAUAAAGAGGUCAGAAAGGUUUUAAAAGGUAUGUUUUUUAUUAGUUUUUUUUUGGUUUUUAGGUAUACCCAGGCCAUUUUCUUCUUUUUUUGGACAGACGUUUUGAAAAAUUUGUCUUUUGGCACACAUGGUACUACAAUUUGAGUUUUUGGUAUUAAUUGGUACCAGUUGACGUAAAAGUGUACCAUUUGGUAUAAUGGAUUAUUUUUAGAUGCUAGUCGAUUUUUUCGACGCAGAAACACAAUCUUAUCAGUUGGCGCCGCUGUACAAGGUGCUUUAGGUACACAAGUGUUGUUUGAUGGUGGUAUAAGUAGGUUCUUUAAAUACUAAGGGUAAUUUUGAGUAAAAGGGUAUAUUGCUUUUUGAUAUUGCUUUUAACUUUCAUUUUGACCCUAUUUUUCAAUUUUUAAAAAAAAAUUUGAUUUUUAGAAAGAAAUUUUAGAACAACAAAAAGUCCUGUCGUUUUUUUACAUCCAAUGUCUAAUAUAUUGACGACAAUACUUUUCCAGAAGGUCAAUAGUUUAAAAUCUUGUAGAUAUUGUUGGUACGCGUGGAUUUCGCACAAACGCUGGUCGGCCGAAAGGUAUAGGACAAAGAAAAGACGAUUUUGAAGAUGAUAAAGGCCCGUUGAGGAAGUUUUUCGAUAAUCUGAGGAAGGAUCAGGUAAAUUUCAUUUUUUAAAUGUUUUUUUUGUUUUUUAGGUAACAAAUGGUGAGAAAGUGGAUGAGAUCUUUUAUAUUGAACUUUAUUUUUACUUUCGAAGACUUUUCAUUACCUAAAAGUUAAUUUAAAAGUUCGGUUUUACCUAAAAAUGACCUUAAUACCUAGUUUAUUACCUUAAAAUGAAAUUCCAGAAUCUAAAACUUGACAAAUCGGCCGAAGAGCAGCUAAAACUGUACAAAGAUGAGCUGUCAAAGGUCUCAGACAAGGACAAACGGCCCUACCUGGAAGGCUUUUCUCAAGCCAUCUUAAUGUCAAACAAAAAUCAAGCACAGAACGUUAACGCCGUUCCAAACAAAAAGUUUUCCUUGAUCACCAGGAUCUACAUUGCUGUUGUGAUCGCCAUUAUGUUGGCCUUUCUUUCCGGAGGUAAGCUGGCUUUGAUAUUGUAGUUCUUUGUAAACAUUUAGUAUGUGUUAACACAUACACAUGUCUUCUAUGAACUUUUUGACCAGAAGUGCCAUAUAAAUGAUGUAUGUCGCUUUUACUGUCAUAGAUAAUAACAUAACGAAUCAACUGAUUCAGUAAUUCGUGUUCGCGUAGGAGAACGACCGAUCGGCUCGUUGAUCUUCUCGAACGCGCAGGAAGUGAAGCCAGAGGAAGUGUCGGUGACAUUCGAGGAUGUGAGAGGGGUAAGUCUUCUUAAAUUUGGUUUUUGGGUGGUGGUUUUUGAUUUUUUUGUGAAAUGUUCCGGAUUUUAAAAAAAAUUAAUCUUUGUUACCUAAAAUUAUUUUCUGGGAGCUAAAACGUCAUUUUGAGGCUGAAAAGGUAUCUGUUUGACUUUGAAAUGUCAUUUGUUACCUAAGAAAGUAAUUGGGUUUUAUUUUUAUGAUUUUUUGUGAAAUGGUCCGGAAAUUUGUUUUUGGUUUUUAGGGAUUUCGGUUACCUAAAAGGGUCUCUUUGAGACCGAAAAUUUUAUUUUAAUAUUUAAAAAGUUGUUUUUUAACAUUUUAAAGUCACUUUGUUACCUAAAAUACAAUUUUGUUACCUAAAAAGUAAAAAAUUCCAGAUGGAAGAAGCCAAAUCAGAAGUGGAGGAAAUCGUCUCAUACCUACGUGAUCCAGACCGUUAUAGCCGGCUAGGUGGUCGCCUGCCAAAAGGAGUACUAAUGGUUGGUCCACCAGGAACGGGUAAAACUCUAUUGGCUAGGGCCAUUGCCGGCGAAGCUCAAGUGCCAUUCUUUCAUACGAGUGGGUCCGAGUUCGAUGAGGUUUUGGUUGGACAGGGCGCGAGAAGAGUCAGGGAUUUGUUUGGUAAGGGAGAUUUUUGGGUGGGACAGAUUUUUUUUGGGUUUGGAGGGGGGGGUAUUUUUGGUUAAAUUAGGUUUUUGGGGCAAAAAAUGGUUGGAAAUUUGGAAAAAUUUGGGUUUUCAGGGUUGAUUUUAUGUUUUUUAUGUCUUAGGGGGUGGAUUUAUAGAAAAAAAAACUUUUUUUUGGGGCGGGUUAAAUUUUCAAAAAAUUUUUUUUGGGUGUGGAUAAAUUUUUUUUUGAAUUUUAAAUUUUUUUAGAAAGAGCCAAAACCAGAGCCCCAUGCAUCAUAUUCAUCGAUGAAAUCGACUCAGUCGGAUCAAAACGUGUCUCAAACAGCAUUCACCCAUAUGCCAAUCAGACUAUCAAUCAGGUAAGUGCUUUGAUUUAGGUAAUAAUUAUGAUUUCUUGAGCUUGAAAAUUGAACUUUUGGGGUAAAACAUGACGUUAGGCGUUUUUUUUUAGGAAAAAGUAGGAUUUUAGGUAACAAAAUUCAAUUUUUUGAUUGAAAAUGAAGUUUUUAGGUAAUAAAAGUGAUUUUUUGGGGUAAUUUUGUACUUAGAACCGGAGUUUACGGCAUGAAAAUGAUGAUUUUAGGUAACAAAACUCAUUUUUUUAUUUGAAAACUAAAAAAUCUUUAAGUAAAAUACGCUGUAUAACGUUGUGAAGUUUGGGCCAUAAUUUUGUUUUUCAGUUACUCUCAGAAAUGGACGGUUUCAAUCGAAAUGAAGGGGUUAUUGUGAUAGGCGCAACGAAUCGGCUCGAGGAUUUGGACAAAGCCCUACUACGACCAGGCAGAUUUGAUGUCAGAGUCACGGUAGCGAAACCGGAUGUGGAUGGACGAAAGGACAUUUUUAGGUAUGAAAUUACUCAGGAUGAUUUUAGGGCUUAUCCCUACUACCUAUCCUCUUACUCUAUCUCUUUCAGACUAUACCUCGGCCGCAUCAUUCACGAAAAGCUGAACGUCGAUGUCCUAGCCAAAGGCACCACCGGCUUCACCGGCGCCGACAUUGAGAACAUGGUGAACCAAGCGGCCCUAAAAGCCGCGACAGAAGGCUGUAAUCGAGUAUCGAUGCGACAUCUAGAAGACGCUAAAGAUCGCAUCAUAAUGGGACCGGCUAGAGUAAAAGGACGGUUCCCAGACGAAGAAACCAAUAAGUGCACUGCAUUCCACGAAGCCGGUCAUACUCUAGUAGCGUUGUUCACGAAAGAUGCCGUACCUGUUCAUAAGGUCACGAUCAUUCCGAGAGGGCAGAGCAUGGGUCAUGUAAGGGAGAUAUUAAGGGUGGUUUUGGGGCGUUUUUGAAAUUUUUUUGGUUUGAGGACGUUUUAAAAUGGUGUUUUUGAAAUUUUAAAAUUUUUUGAAAUUAAAGUUUGUUUUUGAAAUUUUGAAUUUUUUAAACUUUUUUUUAAUUUAAAAAUUUUUUUUAAUUUCAGACCGCCCUCCUCCCCAGCAAAGACGAGUACCAAGUGACCCGCGCCCAAAUGCUAGCCCAACUUGACGUAAUGAUGGGCGGCCGUGUAGCGGAAGAACUCAUCUUUGGCGAUGACAAAGUAACCACAGGAGCGGCCGAUGACAUGAAGAAGGCCACGGAACUGGCUACACAAAUGGUCAAACACUACGGAAUGAGCGACAAGGUCGGCAUCAGAGACUACACGAUAGAAGAGAACACCGGCGCACUGGUCAAUGUGAACGACCGAAGCCCACAAACGAACGAGCUACUGGAUCAGGAGAUCAAUAGGCUUCUGAAAGAGAGCUACACUAGGGCAAAGAAGAUUUUGACUGAUAAGGCGGUGGGUUUUUUUUUAAUUUUUAAAGGGAUUUGGCUGAAUAAUGGAUUUUAAUGGGUUUUUGGAUAGGGUAUACUCAUAGCGAAUUUACCGGACUGUUUCACAAAUGUUGGAAAAAUUGAAAAAUACGUUUUAAAGAACAUAACAUUUAGCAUCUAUACUGAAAAUUUUAUAAAGAUAUCUUGGGGGGGGGUUUAGAGGAUGGUCGAUAAAAAUUAUUUUAUCGGACUGUUUCACAAACUUUUUAAAAACUGAGAAAUUAGUUUUGAAAAGCAUACAAUACAGUAUGUUUUCUGACGUUUUGGUAUUGAUAUCUUGUUAGUUGGCAUACAUAAGGUAGAAAAUGGGACAAGGCCGAAAAAUUCCGAACUUUUGGGCGUUUUUGCACGGUGGUAGAUAAAAAUAGUUUUACCGGACUGUUUUACAGAUUUUGGAAAAGUUGGACAAUAUAUUUUAAAGAGCAUACAAUAAAGAAUGUUUACGAAAGGUUUUGAUAUUAAUAUCUUGAUUUAUGACAAAGUUAUGUCGGUUUAAAAAUGGCAAAAGUCAAAAAAGUUUGAAUCUGUCUGGAAAUUUCAGAUUUAAAUUUUUUUUUAUUUUUAAGAAAUUUUUAACAAAACUUUUUAAAUUUUCAGAAAGAACACACUCUCCUAGCCCAAUCCCUCCUCCAAUACGAAACCCUAACCUCGGACGAAGUGCGAGAACUGAUAAAAACCGGCAAACUCGACCGACCCAACCUGACCAAUGUCACCAACAACGAGAUGGUACCACAGAAGAGAAAGCGCCGUGACAAAGCACCAUCCAUCAUUCAUGUCAAUGUUGAUGUAGAUUAG